AUGGCGUCGCGCUUUUCUGGCUGCCGCCAAGUGCUCGCUGUACCCCGGAGCUUGGUGUCCCAGAACAAACGGCGUUUCCGACAGGAUGGGUUUGAUCUGGAUCUGGGAUACGUGCACCCGCGCGUGAUCGUCAUGGGUUACCCCGCUACUGGAGUGGAGCUUUUGUUUCGGAACUCCCGUGAAGAGGUGCAGUCGUUUCUGGAGGAACGACACGCUGGGGACUAUUUCGUUUUCAACUUUUGUGACGAGCCAAAACGGAGCUACUCGCCCAUUACUUUUGACGGACGGGUAAAACGCUUCCCGAUUGAAGACCACAACGUCCCGUCGUUCCAGACCAUGGUCGCUUUCUGUGAAGAAGCUGCAGCUUGGCUUGCAGGUAGCAAAAAGCACGUCGUAGUGCUUCAUUGCAAGGCUGGAAAAGGAAGAGCUGGAAUGAUGGCGUGUAUGCUUCUCUUACGAAUGGGUUACGUAGCAACGGCGACAGAAGCGAUCGAAUGUUACAAUAGUGAACGUGUGCGUGAUCACCGCGGUCUCACUGUUGCGAGUCAGACGAAAUGGGUAGCAUAUUAUGCAGCUUCGCGCGUACGAGUAUCGGUUUUUCGAGACAUUUCUCGUGCAGAGCCGACCGUGACCGUUCACAAGUUGACGCUCAACAACACGUUGACAGCUAAGAAGUUGCCAAAAUUACGACUGCGCAUCUUCACAUUAGCCCCUAAUGGGCUUUCGAAGACGCUGAUUCAUCAAAAGAUCGGCUUCCAUGAGUUUGAGUUAUGUCAAGAGAUUCGCGGCUGCGUCAUGAUUGAGUUCCGCCGCGAGCAGAUGAAUGGCUGCAUGCGAGCCAAGCACUUUAAAAUCUGGUUCAACACUCAUUUCCUCAAGCCAGACGCGAGAACUGGACGCGUUACUUUUCCUCGAUCCGAAAUGGACUGGGCGUCUCAGGACAAGAAAUAUCACCGCCUUCCUGCUGCCUUUGAGCUUUCGAUGACCAUUUCCAAAUAG